AUGGACCAAGACUCAAUCUCGUCGCUGGACUCGGAGCGACAGUCGGUGGUUGACGGCUACAAGGUCAAUGAACGCGGAUAUGAAACGUACGAGCAAUCGCGGUCGCCUUCUCCCGCCAUGCAUCGCACUCGAACAGGAGUUUCGCUCGCUUCCUCGAUGACUCGCGGGGUCCGUCGAAUUGUGGACCAAGUUCGAGACGACAACAUGCAAACGGCGUCGGAGGAUCUUCAAAGACCGCGUACGUACGAAAUCGCCGACCAGCUAGGUUUGGAGGAGGCCAUAACCAUUGCAACCAACAAAUCCGAACAUACAACCACCGUUGAAGAUGACUCACAGUAUCCGCAGAAGGAUACGGGAUACGCGUGGGUGGUGUGCGCUAUGAUGUUUGUUGUGUUUUUCUCGACGUGGGGGACAAACGGCUCGUAUGGAGUGUUUCUUAAUUAUUGGCUGCAGAACGAAACUUUCCCCAACACGGGAGCCACCGAUUUUGCAUUGAUUGGAAGCUGUGUGCUGGGUCUGGCCCAGAUCUUUGCUCCACUAUCACAAACGGCCUCGGCCAUUGUUGGACUGCGGCCCACCAUGGCGCUGGGUCUGAUUCUUCAGACGCUUGGAUAUUUAUUGGCCUCAUUUGCUACCAAAAAAUGGGAGCUGUAUUUAACACAGGGAGUUCUUGUUGGGUUUGGAUUUUCGUUUCUGUUCAACCCGUCGAUCGUAAUUCUUCCCGAGUGGUUCGACAAACGAAGAGGUCUCUCCUUUGGAAUCAUCGCUUCGUCAAGCGGUGUUGGAGGAGUGAUUUUUUCCCUUUCAUGUCAGGCCAUGAUUAAUAAAACAGGUACUCCAGCUUGGGCUCAGCGAGCACUGGCAAUUAUUACCUUUUUCCUGAACUUGCUAGCAACUUUGUUCAUCAAGGAGAGAAUCCCAGCUAAACGUCUGUCCACUUGGCACGAUGUGAAGCUGAGAAUACGCAUUCUGUUCAACAAAAACGUGCUGGCUAUUCCUCAAUUGUAUACCAUUGCGCUGUGGUACUCGUUCGUGGUGUCGUGCUACGUGGUGGCACUAUACUCACUUUCUGCGUACGGUUCUUCUAUUGGACUCACCAGUGACCAGGGCAGCCACGUCACAGCCAUAUUUAACGGAUGCCAGGCAAUAGGAAGAGUCUUUAUCGGACUGGUUGCAGAUUACGGGGGCCGUGUGAAUUUGGCCUGCAUUUUGUCACUCACGAUGCUGAUCCUGGUACUGGGGAUGUGGGUCAACGCAACCACGACCGCAAGUGUAUUUGCAUACUCUGUUCUCUCGGGCUUGACGUUCGGUGCGUCCUCGGUGCUGAAUCAACCAAUUCUUGCUGACACGAUCCCUAGAGAAUUAUUUCCUGCCGCAUGGAGCUUUCAGAGCGUUGUCCUUGGAUGCUUCACUCUUUUCUGUGAGGUGGUGGCUCUCGAGCUCCGCGACAUGUCGUUGUCCAAGCCGUUCAUCAAAGCACAGAUCUUUUGCGGCUGUUUUGCCGCUGCUGGUGUGCUCUGUGUUUUUUCAAUACGAGAGUGGAAGAUCAGAAAGAUGCUGACAAAUCGUCUCAAGAUCACCGAAGAAGCGCUCGAAAUAGAAAAAUCGGACCAGGUGCUAAUAGACCGCAAAUCCAGCUACCUCAGUCUCCUCAGAAAAGACCCCGUUGGUCCGCUUGUCCGUUUGGUUUACCCAGUCAAGGUUUAA